AUAUUUUCUAAAGUUAAUUCUAACGCUAUUUACAAGCCAAUCGGUGAGAAAUACCGAUCUAGCAGUGAUAACAACGACUGUGACAUAUUAGGUAGUAGUAGUAGUAGUAGUAGUAGUAGUAGUAGUAGUAGUAGUAGUAGUAGUAGUAGUAGUAGUAGUAGUAGUAGUAGUAGUAGUAGUAGUAGUAGUAGUAGUAGUAGUAGUAGUAGUAGUAGUAGUAGUAGUAGUAGUAGUAGUAGUAGUAGUAGUAGUAGUAGUAGUAGUAGUAGUAGUAGUAGUAGUAGUAGUAGUAGUAGUAGUAGUAGUAGUAGUAGUAGUAGUAGUAGUAGUAGUAGUAGUAGUAGUAGUAGUAGUAGUAGUAGUAGUAGUAGUAGUAGUAGUAGUAGUAGUAGUAGUAGUAGUAGUAGUAGUAGUAGUAGUAGUAGUAGUAGUAGUAGUAGUAGUAGUAGUAGUAGUAGUAGUAGUAGUAGUAGUAGUAGUAGUAGUAGUAGUAGUAGUAGUAGUAGUAGUAGUAGUAGUAGUAGUAGUAGUAGUAGUAGUAGUAGUAGUAGUAGUAGUAGUAGUAGUAGUAGUAGUAGUAGUAGUAGUAGUAGUAGUAGUAGUAGUAGUAGUAGUAGUAGUAGUAGUAGUAGUAGUAGUAGUAGUAGUAGUAGUAGUAGUAGUAGUAGUAGUAGUAGUAGUAGUAGUAGUAGUAGUAGUAGUAGUAGUAGUAGUAGUAGUAGUAGUAGUAGUAGUAGUAGUAGUAGUAGUAGUAGUAGUAGUAGUAGUAGUAGUAGUAGUAGUAGUAGUAGUAGUAGUAGUAGUAGUAGUAGUAGUAGUAGUAGUAGUAGUAGUAGUAGUAGUAGUAGUAGUAGUAGUAGUAGUAGUAGUAGUAGUAGUAGUAGUAGUAGUAGUAGUAGUAGUAGUAGUAGUAGUAGUAGUAGUAGUAGUAGUAGUAGUAGUAGUAGUAGUAGUAGUAGUAGUAGUAGUAGUAGUAGUAGUAGUAGUAGUAGUAGUAGUAGUAGUAGUAGUAGUAGUAGUAGUAGUAGUAGUAGUAGUAGUAGUAGUAGUAGUAGUAGUAGUAGUAGUAGUAGUAGUAGUAGUAGUAGUAGUAGUAGUAGUAGUAGUAGUAGUAGUAGUAGUAGUAGUAGUAGUAGUAGUAGUAGUAGUAGUAGUAGUAGUAGUAGUAGUAGUAGUAGUAGUAGUAGUAGUAGUGGUUUAGUAGUGUAA